CCCCAUCCAGAGGGACCUCUUGUCUCCAGACAGCAUCACAGUGGGACCACGGAGGGAGUGAAAGAGGGAGCAAACACAGAAGCAGCCCCGGCUGGGGAGGGCAGGUCUCCAGCCAUGGAGCUGCAAAGUCUGGCAGAGGUGGUGCUGGCCAUGGCGGCAACUGGGUUCGAUGGGAGUUGCUUAGGGAGACAGAGAGUGGCCCACAUCGCCUGGCCGCCGCAGAGGGGCACAGACAGCUGACAAGGACACAUGGCAGUAAGAAGUCAAAGUGCCCUUUGGAGAGAAUCCACUUCGGUUCAAUGACAGAUGACGGAUCAAGAUGCUUCAGGUGUGCGCACUGAAGAGCCCCUUGCUGUGAAACACCCCCCCCCAACACCUAUAUUUGCUACACUGGAGGGGUGGGGGAGAAAAGGCCCAGCAGAGGAUAGGAAAUGAGGAGGGUCAGCUGCCUUCUGGCAGUGGUCCUUUUCAUCCUUGCAGUGAUCAAUGUUGAGUGUGCCUCUAGACCAGGGCCCAGAGUGUGCUCCAUGGGGCUGAAGAGCCAGGUGAUGUCCUACCUCGUGUCCCAUGCCCAACCUAUGUACCAGCCUUACCUCACCUUGUGCCAGGGAUACAGGCUCUGCAGUAUGUACAGAACCAUCUAUAAAACUGCCCAACGCCUAGCCUAUCGGAAGCAGUCCUAUCCAACGUAUGCCUGCUGUCCUGGGUGGAGACGGGCAAAUGGUGCCCCUGGGCUUGGAUGCAAUAUAGCAAUCUGCCGCCCCCCUUGCCAGAAUGGUGGGAAGUGUCUGUCCCCUAACAAGUGUUCUUGCCCUUCAGGAUGGAGCGGAAGGAGUUGCCAGACAGAUGUGGACGAAUGUGCUGGAGGGAGACACGGGUGCAGCCACACCUGUCGCAACGUGGUUGGGAGUUACCACUGCACCUGCCAACAAGGUUACGAACUUGGUGUGGAUGGAAGGACCUGUGAGGCUCUGGGAGUGCCCACGGAUGCCGUGAGCCCAGCUAGGACCACCAACCUGAUGGUGGAGGAUGAAGUGCGGCAGCUGAAGACCAGGAUGGCUGCUCUGGAGGAAAAAUUUCAGCUCACGCUAGCGCCGUUCCUCAAAGUGGAGGUGCCAGGGUUGGAGGGGACCCCUGCCGACCCCAUCGCCCUCCUGGUGCACUCUUUGCAGAAGCUGGACAGAAUCGACUCUCUCAGUGAGCAGAUCUCUUUCCUGGAGGAGCGGCUGGAGAUUUGUUCUUGCAAAAAUGAAGGUUAAGUAAGAGAACAGAAGAUUCAAAUGGAGCGGGACUCCUAGCCUCUUCUCUGUCACCAAAGUAUGCAUCUGUACAGCAACGAAUAACUUUGUGGACUAAAGAAGCAAAGUGAAGCCAUCAGGCGUUAAAGAAACACAGGAUGCCAGCUAGAAAGGAACUCUUAUAGGCGUCCUGAAAAUUAAGCAAGCUGCAGUUUCUGGUAAUAGAAAAGCUUGCAACCCUCAUCCCCAAAUGUGGUACAUAGGAAGCUGCCUUAGUCAGACCCUAGAUCCAUCUAGCUCAGUAUUGUCUAUACAGGCAGCAGUGGCUAUCCAGGGUUUCAGCUCUUCCCUUAAAAAUUAAGCAAGAUUCUAGACCUCAUUGUUCUGUAUAAAGGACUCAAGUAGCAACAAAAGAAGCUGCCUUAUACCAAGUUAGACCAUUGGCCUUUUUAGCUCAGCAAACUACCUAGUUUGCUUUUGGGUUGGUUUUUUUUGGUGGUGGAAGGAGGAGAGGAUGAAGGCUGUGUUAUCUUAAAGCAGCUUUGCCCAAACCUGAUACCUUUGGGACUACAACUCCCAUCAUUCCUAGCCCUUGAGCCAUGCCAGCUGGGGUGGGUGGCUGGCUGGCGGGAGUUAAGUGUCUGGCAACAGAAUCAGGCCAGUGGCCCAUUUAAUUCAGCAUCGUCACAAGAGUUUGGUGGCAUCAUUGCUGUGAUUUCUGCAUUGGAUUAGAUCAGGCACCCCCAAACUUCCUGCCCUCCAGAUGUUUUGGACUACCAUUCCCAUCUCCCCCGACCACUGGUCCUGUUAGCUAGGGAUCAUGGGAGUUGUAGGCCAAAACAUCUGGAGGGUCGCAGUUUGGGGAUGCCUGCAUUAGAUGACCCUUGGGGGCCCUUCCAACUUUUCAUCUCUAUGAUACUUAUGUUCUGGAGAGCUGAAGGUUCCACCCCACUCUGGGCCAUGCCUCCUGUUUUCUUCUGCCACCAUAAGUGUGUACAAAACCUCCCUAUUUUGAAAAUAAUUGCCUAGAGAGAACUUAAUGGUACAAUUUACUCACUUCUGCAAAAGUGCAAAGGCUUGGCACCAGUAAUUACCUGAUGCAAUAUUAUUAUUAUUUUCCUUUUGGAAAUAAGUUGUUUUUUUCCAAUAAAAGACACCCACACACACCGAGUUAAAUGCUAUUCUUUGGAAAGAGGUUGCAAUAAUGGGCUUCAGGAGAGGAGGGUGGCAUAGCAUCCAUGUGCAGAAAUAGGGUCACCGGGUGGGACGUCUCUUCAGAUGACAAGUAACUCUAUUGGGGGAAAUUACUGCCAGAAAUGGGGGUGGCUGUUGCCAACAUUCAGGGCUCCAAGAUGGUUUUAAGAAAUCCAUGGAGCCUCCCAUUCAAUUUAGUGGCUGUAUACUGUAUUUGGCAAGAAAUUGAUCUGUUUGGCAGUGCCUGCAUUGGGAACCGCCUGUCUAUUGACACCCCAUGGGUGCCAGCUGAAACAUUGAUUAGACAAGCCUAUACAGAUAUUUAGAAAACUGGUGCCGGUUUUAGUCUCUUUUUAAUAAUCUAUUGUUACUUCAAUUUUUCAAAAGCCUUAAAUUAUUGUUGCUAUUUUUUCGUCUUGCUAAUUUUAUAAUUUUACCUUUUUUGUGAACUGCUUUGAGGAUUGUUUUUGUUUUCUUACACAAUCAAGUGGUAUAUAAAUUGUAUGAAAUAAAUAAACACAGGCCUCAAGAGUAGAGGAUUUUAGAAUUUCA